GAUGGAUAUUGUCCUUUUAUCAGCAACCUUUUCAUUUGCUCUCUUCAUCCUCUUUAUUGCCUAUGCCUUUUCCGCAUUAAAAUUCUCCAAGGAAGAAAGCGCUACUAAAAGUUUAAAUUUAGUCUACGAGGCGGAUUGGCGGAGGUUAGGCUUAAAGAAUCGUUCAAAUCCUAGUCAAACUACUCUACCAAAGGCAACGUUCAACGUCCUAUACCAACCUGAACCUCCCGUCAUUAAACAACCUGACGCUCUACUGAUCUGGUUAAGACCGUUGAUAGAAGUCGUUUUAGCAUCCCAAAUUGGUUCUGGAAUAUUGCCAGCCGUUGGAAAAUUUGGUGGGAAUCGAUUGGGAAGGAUAGUGCCAAUUUUUUUCACUCUAUUCGUUGCCGUAUUACCGCAUUUGUGCACUUGCGCAAUACUGCCCUAUAUCGAUUUAUAUUUACACGUAAUUUGGACGCAUAGAGAGAAGAAACAUCAUAAAGAAGUUUGGUACAGACAUGCUCCCUUCUCGGGACCUUUGUUCCAAGAAGGCCUUUGGGCUUUUAUGGGCUCAGAUAUUGGGAUUACUCCUGCAAUUCGUAUUCUAUUCUUCGUCAUGUUAUUCUUUAUUCAAUUCCAUAUCGUAGCUUUGUACAUGUUGGUGUUAUUGGAUUCACUAGAAGAGUACCUUUUGCCUCUCUGGAAAAGAGCUUUAACUCAGUCCAAGUGCAUUUUUCGAAUGACAUUAUCGUUUAGUCUAUGUGCCUUGAUGUACCUUCUUACUCUACCUUUAAACUUUUCGGGACUAUUGGCUUUCCACGCUUUAGGCGAUCUCCUAUCGAAUGCCUCCUCAAUUCUCAAAUUUUCUAUAAUCCGAGCCGUCGCUAACCGCAAAUUUGGCAUCUAUCAUUUCGAUAAGCGAGCAGUUGUACUUGGUUGGCUAAUUUCGGCAACUCCCAUACUGGUCGGUUUAUUAGCCGGUCUGUUCCACACCAUCGUCACCAGCGAUGGAAGUUUCACAGUUCGCCUUAAUUAUUUGUUUAGCGGACGAAAGUCUCAAAGGAUGGAAGCGAGAUCUAAUCAUGACCUCUUGGCGACGGGAACUAUCGAAACUGUCCAGCCAACUGACGAGUUAUUGGUUGAAAACAAGCCAGAGCCGACAGUAAGAUCUUGGUACGAAUCUUACGAAGAAGCAGUGUCAAAAUCAGCAACUUUACCGCUAGUUCGGACAGCCGUUCCACCACAUCCAUCAGCAACUCUACCACGUAUAAAAGAGAAUUACGUUUAA